AUGAGGCUCAGCCUGGGCAACUGCCUCAUCGCCGCCGCCGCCGUCUCGGCCGGGCUAUGCCGGGGCCUUGAUGACGGCGGCGGCCUCUCGACGAGGACGGGCAACGACAGCAAUGCCAUCUCCGAAUUGGCCGAUGCGAUGAAGGCCAAGAACCUGACCGAUACGGCCUGCGACCGGCCGCGACGCGACAGGAGCGCAAAGUACACGGUCAUGAGCAUCGUGCUGGGCUCCGUCACCUGUGUCGUCGUCGGCAUCCGCAUGGUCUUCAAGUACAGCCGGGGCCGCAUCGGCAUCGACGACUGGAUCAUCCUGUCUUCGCUGGCGGUGGGCAUCCCGUGCACGGCGCUCAACGUACAGGGCCUGUCGCGCCACGGCAUCGGCAAGGACGUGUGGACGCUGCGGGCCGAGACGGUGACCGACUUUGUCCUCUUCUUCUACCUGCUGGAAAUCUUCUACGUCAGCAUGAUUGCCAUGAUCAAGAUUGCCAUGUGCUUCUUCUACCUCUCCAUCUUCCCCGGCACCCGCAUCCGCCAGGUGCUGUGGGUCACAGCCGUCGUCAACGUCAUCAUCGGCAUCGCGUCGGUCCUGACGGCCAUCUUCCAGUGCUCGCCCGUCCGCUUCUACUGGAACAUGUAUGUCACGCCCGAGGCGGGGACGUGCAUCGACAUCCACGUGCUGGCCUGGGUGCACGGGGGGAUCAACAUCGCCAUGAACUUUUGGCUCAUUGCCAUUCCGCUGAGCCAGGUGCGCGGGCUCGAUCUUCACUGGAAGAAGAAGACUGGCGUCAUCAUCAUGUUUUUGACGGGGGCCUUCGACACCAUCGUGUCCAUCCUGCGGCUUCAAUCCCUCAUCCACUUUGCCAUCUCAUGGAACCCGACCUGGGAGCAGUGGAGCGUGGCCUGGUGGUCGACGAUUGAGAUCGACAUCGGCCUCAUCUGCACCUGUCUGCCGACGCUGCGCCUGAUCCUGAUGCGCAUCGCGCCGCGCGUCUUCGGCACCAGCCGGGGCCCCUCGCGCGGCACGCCCGCAGACACAAAGGUCAGCCGCGGUAUCAUCGUGCAGAAGCAGGUGCACAUCUCGAGCGUCGACGGCUCCGUCGGCACCGAGGCCAUGAGCCAGACCAGAUGCGAGCCGUGGGAGGUGACGUCGGAGGGGGGCGGUCGACACCAUAGCGAGGCUUGCUCGAGCCCGCAUCCGCAGUGGUGA